CGAUAACCAUGGAUCCAUCAGUAUCUCCACCAAGCCAUCCCGUAGCAUCCGAUCAGGUCACUAUGGCUGCCGCCGUGCAGAACUUGGCAGCGUCAAUCAAGACCCUGAUCACGUUGAUCGACCAGGAGAGUGACAGACGGGACCCUCAGAGGGAUCGUGAUCGGGCCAGACAGAACGAUCCCAUUCUCAAUGCACUGAACGAGGAGAUCGAGAGUGGGCGACCGGAGACACUCCCCGCAUCGAGUACAGUACAGCUCAUGCCGGAUGAAGAGAUCGAUGCGAAGAACAAGGCCCAUAUGAGCAAGUAUACUGCCUGGUGGGAGGAGUGCGAAUCCACAUCGGUGGAAAAGCAAGCCAUGGAGACUGCAUAUGUUAUCGCUUUUGACCGGUUUCCUACCAUCUAUCGCGUCCUAGGUUGGCACGGGAACGAAGAUAUCCUGUUCACGGGCGAUGUCCUCUCUCGUUACCGUGACAGCCUCCUGGAAGGGCUCUUCGCCAUCGAGCCAUAUCGAAUGAAGCGUAUAUUUGGUCCUUUGGAGCCAUCACGAGCGGCAUUUGAGUCUUCACGGCUGCCUCGGCUACUCUCAAUUCUUGUCCAUCUGGAAGCCCGACGCAAUGAUGCUCUAGAAUGCAGAGAUGGAAAGUGUGUUGAUUGUCGCUACUUCGACGCCGACCAGACGCUCCGGGGGUUGAUUGAAGUCGGGCGGACAUCGCGACUAUCAAGAAUUGAUGGUCCAAAUGAGAUGACCCUUCAGCAGAUUUUGGAUCGAUGCUAUGCUAGACGUAUCUUAUCACAUCCCUGUCCCGACGAGCCCGGCAUUCUUUGGUACCAAUUCCACCUUUUCCGUGAGGUUCGAGACCCACUGUCUCUCACAUUCUAUCUCAGGUACAAAGAUGAGCCGAUCCACAAGUUCUUUGAAAUGGUCAAGUCUCAUAACAGUGUGAUGAACGGCAUUGAGCCAUUCAAAGAGCUUCCUUUGGACGAAUCUACCAGCCCAACCUUUUCGCCGGAGACAUUUUCGGUUCAGUACCUGCAAGAUUUCGGGGGGCUGAAGACUGAAUGGACAGAUUGUUUGGAUGACCAUCUCAAAAUAUUCCCCGAGCGAAAUGCGAUCAGAAUUUUUGCCCAAUCCCCGUUCUUCUACAACGGUCGAGAUCUUCAGAGAAAGGAUUACCUCGGCCCCAUCUACGCCGAGCUCUCUCAAACGUACGCUCUUCUGUUCAGGCCUUCUUCAAAGAAGGGCUUGAGACAGCUGCAUCAGGCGAACAGAUUCGAAGAUAUUUUGGAAAACUUUUACCGCUGUUCACUGCCGCCAGCAAUCCAAGCGGCAUUCAAUAUCGCAAAUCCAUCGUCUAGCAUUCAGGGUAUCGGCUCCUUCGAUCAGAAUAAGGUCACCCCAACCUCCAUGCGAGAGAUACAUACCAUCGCUCCAUAUUAUCCAGAGGACAUAAAGUUCAUGGCAUUUCUACGCUUUGAGUACUUUGAACCUCGUUUGCGUCGACUCAAAACGUACCUGGACAUCCAACAACCACAAACCCUGAAGCAUUUAUGGACUUCUUGGGGCAGCGCCUUCUUUUGUAUUAUCUUCCUGGUGCUUUCCGCUGCGAGCGCAGCCCUACUAGCCAUACGUGCCUGA